UCUAGAGCGCGGAGAGGCCAGGCCGGGGUCGGAUAGGACUGGGGCUUGCACUGUAGGCGCGGGUCUCCAGACGACCCCCUUGCCACAGGGUUGGCGGGGAAGGGCUCGCGUCUCCCGGAGCUGGGGCUGCGGAGGAGGCUCCGGGGACAGGUGGCUGCCUUGGCUGGGGGAGGCGUGUGGCCUCCUGGCCCGAGUGUCUGCCACGAGCCCGCACGGAGAGCAUCCAAGAGCGGCUAGACUGCAGCAGCCCUUUCCAAGACUGCAUGUAAACGAUCAGUGUAUGGGUAGCUGUUUCUUUGAAGAGCGCUUGCCCUUGAGGGAUGGCAGAAGCUGUGUUCCAUGCACCAAAGAGGAAAAGAAGAGUGUAUGAGAGCUAUGAGUCUCCUCUGCCGAUCCUGUUUGGCCGGGACCUGGGUCCUCAGAAGGAAUUCAGAAUAUUCCGUGCUGAGAUGAUCAACAAUCAUGUGAUUGUGAGGAGCCCGGCGGACAUGGAGCAGCUAUAUGGGAAAGGUUAUUUUGGAAAAGGCACUCUCUCAAGAAGCCGUCCAAACUUUUCCAUGUCGGACUCGCAGCUGGUUGCAAAAUGGAAAGAUGUGGAGACCAACAUGCCCAUCAUCACGUCAGAGAGGUAUCAGCGUCGUCUGGCAUGGGCCACAGAUUUCCUGCGCAGACAGGGUCAGGAUGAGAGCACUGCACGCAGAAUCUUGGAGGAGUAUACGAAGCCAGUCCAGCGUCCCAGCGAAGGGAGCAGUACAGAGGGGCAGCUUCAGGCUGGACUCUUGGCAGGAACAGCGGGGCUUCCUGGGAUGGAUGGAGCCUCUGGCACUGCACAGGAGACAGGAGAGGCCGACAUGGGCUCUGGGCCUGACCCACUGGCUGCAGCCGUCUUCAGGGAUCACGUGGGAGAGGACCUCACACCUGCUCCCUGGGUUCCCAGCUGUGCACAGGAUGCACUCCGCCCCCAGUGUGGCCUUCAAUCUGCAGCCAGCAGCCUGCUACCCAGUGUCCUCCAUGCUGGAGAGAGGGAGUCUGGCCCGGAGUUCGUGCUGGUGGAGGAGGAGGCAACCAGGAGCGAGGGGGAGGACACCCUGGAGGAGGAGUUGGUGCAAAGAAAGAGAUUAAUAUGCAGAAGAAACCCCUACAGGAUCUUUGAGUAUCUGCAGCUCAGCCUGGAAGAGGCCUUCUUCCUGGUCUAUGCGUUGGGGUGUCUGAGUAUCUACUACAAGAAGGAACCCCUGACGAUCCGAAAGCUCUGGCAGGUAUUCACCGCAAUUCGACCUACAUUCAGGACAACCUACGGGGCUUACCACUACUUCCGGAGCAAGGGCUGGGUGCCCAAGGCAGGGCUCAAGUAUGGGACAGAUCUGCUGCUGUAUCGGAAAGGCCCUCCAUUCUACCAUGCAAGCUAUUCUGUCAUUGUGGAGCUCGUGGAUGAGCGCUUCACGGGCCCCCUCCGUAGACCGUUCACUUGGAAGUCGCUGGCAGCGCUUAGCAGAGUUUCAGGCAACGUCUCCAAGGAACUUAUGCUGUGCUACUUGAUUAAACCAUCUACCAUGACAGAUGAAGACAUGGAGUCCCCAGAAUGUCUGAGGAGAAUUAAGGUUCAGAUUAUUGAAACAAUGCAGACAACAGAGAAGAGUGAAGAAUUGCUACAUGUCAUGGGUGAAAAGAUUUUGCACAAGAUAGGACAUUAUGGCAGUGAGAGGAGUGUUUGCUUGCCACCGCUAAUCCACAUGCAACAGCCACCUUCCUCACUCCAUAUAGAGGUUCUACCCAACGUGAGCCACUGUCUCCAUUGCGAUGCUUGAGGAUGUGGAAGAAUCCUUUGCAGUCCUCAGUAAGAAGUCACAGAAAUGAGAGGUGCGCUCAGCUCCAGGCUACCAGCACUCUUGUUUCCAUUUCUUAGUAAGCUUGCGACAGAAAACCCACCCUGCCAUCCCGGACGGGGAUAGCAGUUUUCACGCUCCUCAGGCUGCACGGCUCAGGUGAGACUGACAUUUUUGCUCCCUGGGGCCCUGCCCCGGGCUCCUCAGUGACCAGGCUGAAGAGAAUGAGUGUUGGGACAUUCCAUGUCACACUUUCAAAAUAGGUGACGAUCUUUUUGUUAUGUGUUGAUCCAACACAGCUUCCACCUUCCUUGGGGGGAGCUACAGCUCUUACUUCCAGAGGUGAAGUUGUUCUCUCAGCUCACUUAUAAUUCAGUCAUGAGGACCGCUUCCUGUACCCCAUAAACCACACCUCUGGGGUGCCGGGUUCAUAACCUUGGUGCUCUUGGCCUCUAAAAGGCUACCAAAAACCAAAAAGCUGAUCUUUUAUGCUUUUGUCACAGUGGCAACAAGUUGGCAGAAACCCUUCAUCGUUAGGCCUUUUUCACUUUUAAGAAUGCAUCUUUCUCUCACUCUGUCUUCUGUGAUGGCCCAAAUACUUCUGGCUCACUCUGCUCUACCAAGAUCUGUCCCCCUCCCCACAUUUAGGGUGUGGUUCCUGUCUUCACAGCUUCUCCCUGUAUCUCUCAUACCAAACCCCACAGCUUUUUCAGCCAAAGACUGAAACCCCCGCGUUGUCCUCUCCUCCCCCUUCACCCACUAGGAUCUCUAAUCCUUCCCCUCGCUUCUCUCCCCAGUCUCCAAUUUCUCAAUCCCUCCCGCCCGAGCCCUCUGUCCCAUCUGAGGGUUCUUUGUCUCCUUCUGCUGCGUCGCCAUUUUCUCUGCCAGCUCACUAUACUCGGCACUCCAGCCUUCUGGCAGGCCAGAUGGUUGCCAGCAUCCAUGUCACACAUACCUGCCGGACGGAUCUCUACUGCUUUGGGAACAGGCUGGCCCCAAAAUAUUAUGUUCCUUUUUAACUUUCUGAGCUAUCUCAGAUUAGCCAUAAAUUAGGUUCCUUUUCUGGUAUUCUUAUUUCAAGAGAUCUCUAUUAAUUGAUCUACAAGAAGGUUCACACUAGUCUGUUUAUUAUAGUUCAAAUUGGCCAAAUAUAUUUGAGUACACUCUAAAUUUAUAACAUUUGUCAGUCCAUUUAUUUGUUAUCUGUCCACUUGCCUGCUCUGUAAACAGCUGUUUCUUUUUAUUUGAGCCAACAAUUUUUCCUCCCCUUUUAUAUUUUCAGAUCAUUUAAUCAAGGUUUAUUUGGGUUAUAGAUUUAAAGAAUAUGCUUCCACCUGGGUUGCCAGCUGGUCAAAAUGGUGCUAAAAUUGGUUAAACAAAAUCCCUUGGGGUGAGGAGACAUUGGAUAGGACUCCAAUUGACAAAUAAGAAAGUGGCCACCUGGUAACUUUAACUAGCUCUUGUUCAUUAAUUGGAGACCCCAAUAACCUCCAUAGCCUUAUGGGAGACACUUCAACUAACAUUCAUAUGACUAAGACAAUUCAUUGUGCUGAUCUGAUGGUAUAUUCAUGCCUUCAAAUAUAAAAUUGGGAUUGUUUAUGAUGACUACUGUUUUCUUUCAGAUCCAGACCAGCCAGGAGAUUCAGAUCGCAUCAACAUGAGGUUACCAGUCAAAUAAUAAUUUUUAAACAAAAAUUUAUGUAAUGCUUAGAGAUGCUUAAAUAGUGAGCUGUUCAAACAAUGUCACAAAUUUCUUCAGUGCUCAAAUGUUAAAACACCCAUGCUUAAUAGCCAUUUAAUGUUCUAUGUUAAGCUUACUGCCUGUACUAUACUGUACUGUUAUCAAUCUUCUGGAUGUUCAACAACUAAAACUAAGAGAUAGUUAUAAAUUCCUUUUAGAUUCAUUUUGCUGGGUCCACCAGAUCUUUUCCAGGAAAAAAGUUAUAUAAUACAGGGGCCUACAGAGCAAUGAGACCAGCACUGGGACUGAGGCUGGGGCAGGGGCCAGGUCUGAGCCUUUCCCAGCCCACUCACCAACCCUGGAUCAGCCCUCCUCAACCAGCAGGUGCCAGGCAUAUUGGGUCCAUAAUUAGCUAUACUCAACUGGCAUUAAAUGACACUGUAGCUGAUCUCUCUCCUAAAUAAAAAUGUAAAAUUAAUAAAACAGGCCAUCCUCCAAAAAUUAGAUGGCAUUAGACAUUCUAACAGCAUAAGAGGUACUUAUACAAUUGUAAAACCUAAAUGUGCAUAUGACAAAUAAAUGACAUAUCAGUUUUUAAAAUUCCCUGGACUUUAUCCUCCUUAUGAAAAGCCAUUACUAAAGCUAUAAUCAUAAAUACCCUGCUAAUUAUAUUAUUUGGCUCCUGCAUAUGUAAUUGAUCCUUUGCCCCUGUCUCCUUUAGACUUAAAGCUGUAUACCUACCCAAGAUAAAAACCAGAUGUCUUGUGACUGUGGAGGAGACAGAUACCUUCCACUGUGGACCAGAUUCCAAGACAAAAGGCUAAACUUGGCCCUCAGACCCCACAGGGAGACCUUCUUAAUAAUGGCUUUUCAUGUUUUCAACAACAGAGAUAAAAAUCAAAAGAAAAAAUAACAAUCUCAUCUUUUAGCAGUGACACUUGGAACUCUGAGACAGGUAAACUGACACAGGUGGAGCUGCCUGAGCCUCUCCUGCAUGCUUCAAGUGCAGCAAAGAAGGACAUUGGGCAAGAGAGUGUCCCAAUCAUAGCAUUCCUUUGGGGCCUUACCCCUAUUGCAAUCUCAAGGGCCACUGGAAGAGUGACUAUGCUAGCCACCAAAGAAUGGGUAAGCCAUCGUCUAAAUCCUUGCUCUCACAGGAGACUCCAUCACUGCCAGAUUGAUCACUGACUGAUCUGCUCAGACUUGCUACUGAAGACUGACAGGGCUCAGGAUCCACAGCCCCCUUUAAGGUGUCCUUCGCAGAGCCCCAAGUCCCACUGGAAGGCUCAGGAUAGAUAAAAGCCUUUCCUACAACCAGGGAGACUGCUGAUAUAGUAACUGAAGUCCUGUUACAGGAAAUCAUCGCAAGGACUACAACCAAGGUGGAACGGCCCCUACCUGUCUUUUUGGCAACCCCAACAGUGGUCACAGUUGCUAGACUGCCAUCCUGGUUCCACAUCACUCAAGUGGUGCGCUCCCAGCCCUAAAUCUAACCAUCCUAUGGCCCACUCAUCUCUGCCUCACCAAGGCCUCACAGCCACAACUGUCAGGCUAAGCCAUGUUUGUUAUCCAAUUUGGUUCCUAUUUCCUUAUAUUCUAUUAAUUAAUUAUCUUUUUUACAGCAGGACUUUUUUUUUUUUUUUUUUAAAUUUUAUUUAAGGAGAAAAGAAAAAAAAGCAGGGAAAGGGUACAAGUUAUACAGAUUUACAGAAAAAAAUGAACAGUAGGAAAUCACUAGUUAAUGGAUUACAUAUUGUCAUCUUAGAAAUACUUGUUCAAGUCACAAAAUUAAAGCUUGUAAAGUGGACAUUCCAUCAAUGAUACUGCAAACAGUUCUGUUCAUUGAUCCAAUAAAACUCUGUGAUAUCAUUUUCUAUCUUAUACACUUAAAUAUACAUGCAGUUAUAUAGUUUGGAGCACUUUCUUUUCCUCUCUUUUGUACCAUGACUAUUACACAUUUUGGGUUUCAUUGCUCCCACUGUUCUUAUUACUUUUUUGGAAGAGAGUAAAACCAAAUGUGACAGAACAGAAUUGGUCAAGUCAAAAGGGUGGACAUAAUAGAUAAUGUAAAAACAUAAUACAAGGUGAUCAACAAUGGUUACUAUAAUGCCUCCCGCUAUCUCUAAUAGAAUUGCCUAUAUUGUUAGUUAUAAUACAAUUGAACAAAACAGUAAAGAAUAAAACCGACAAAACCAAAACAUUGGAGACAUUGUAGGUCUUCAAAAGUAGAUAAAAGUCAACAAAAAUGGGCGUCAUAAUGAAUCUCAUUAUCUUCACAGCUGAUGCCUAAACUUUCGAACCUGAUACUAUCCAGCAAAACAGAAUAGGGGAACAUCAGUUAAAAACCAGAUGGUGAGAGUAAUACAGGGCUUUAAAUCAAGGUAAUGAAAAGUCAAAGUGGGUUACUAUAAUAUAUCCUUACAGCAGGACUUUUAACAUUGUUUCCUAAAGACUCCCACAUUAUGUGUAAGAUCUUCAUGUUGUUCUACAUGACAACUGUCUUAGUUCUCUCUGCCCUCAGCUGUUUAGUCAAACGUGAGAUCUCUGAAAGCCUAGGCUCUUUCCUUCCUUAUAGUGACACAGCCAUGGCCAUCUCCACCCCUCUUAUUCUUUCCAGCUCAACUCCUGGACCAGAGACAAGCCCUACCUACCUACACUCUUAACUGUUACCCUUUCAGAUGAGGGAAUAAUCAACUCUCAUAACUUCACUCCUCCUAACCCUACACUUAUUUUUCAGAAUUCUACCACCAUGGCCCUGAUGGAAUGGCAUAUUUAAAUCAAAGGCACCUUUCCUUCUACCUCACCUGGGUCCUUAAAUAUGAUAGUGACCUGCAUCCUCAUAGCAACUUGUCUCAUUGUUUUUCCAGUCUAAUGUGUGGGCAUUCACCAAUGAUAAAGUUGUCCUGGCUAAAACACCUGGCACCAGCUUCUGCAUGGGUAUCAAUUGUCAUCCCAUCAACCUUCCUAAAUCUGAAUACAAUGCCCCCUAUCAUCAGGAAGUAAAAAGAGAGAAAAAAAACUUCGCUCUUUUCCUAACAAUAAAAAGAUGGGAAUGAAAGGAUUUUGCCCUAGAUAGGACAUUAUGGCAGUGAGAGGUGGGAGCAAGGGACAUUUACCUUGAGGUCACUUUCCCCACCCCUAUACAGCUUACCUAUGGUGCCAAAAAAGGCCCAGUCAGCUACUCGCACAUCAGCAAUGCCACCUUUAAGCACCACCCCAGUCAAAAGCUAUGUGUAUGCCCCCCGACACCAUGUUUCUGGCAGACAAAGCCAGAGCCCCAGCAGUCAUGGAGUUUCUGUGUUCUUAGAAUAAAGGCCAUUUUAACUUUGUAUUCUCUCUCUUACCACACCGAAAAUCCUAUCAAUGGGUCCAAUUUAUGAAACUGUAGAAAACAAAAAGAGUGGAAGGAGUUGUAACUUAACCUCAGGUUAGAUUCUUUCACCUAUUUUAAAUUUAGCUAGCAAUUUAUUAUGCAUGCAUUAAUAUUUAUAUAUCUAAUUUUUAUUUUUACUUUCACACGCCAGUUUGACUGGAGAAAAUCUCUAAAUAUUAGAAAAUAGGGAUUCAUGGACUACAGGGGAGACAACAAGGCUCACGGAGAAGCAAGCACCCUGUGAACCAGAGCCAUGUGCAGGCAGCUGCUGGAGUGGGGACAGCUAGACCCAAGCUUCUCCCUAUGAGUCAGAGCCAUUCAUGGACAGUACGGGCAGAGAACAAGGAUUCACCAAGAAGCCACCCGCUGCGAACUGGCACCAUGCAGUGACCAUUGCUGGCAGGGGGAUAGCCAGAUCCCAACUGCUUCUGGCAGGUGGGCUGGCAAGCAAGAAGAACCAGUCCCUAUCUCCCCCCCCCCCCCCGCUCCCCUCCCCCCCUGUCAACUCCCACCCCUAUAAGCCACCGAUCAGCAGAUCUGGAGAAACAGGCUGUGGUGAUAGCUAUUGAAGUGAAAUGCAAUUUGAUGCUUAUGGUGUUUUGGUGUUUCAACAAACCUUGCUGGUCUAGGGCCAGUGGUCUGAUCAUCUGUUCAGAGGCAUCUAGGGGGGAAUCUCCUUCUGAGGGUGGUGGCAAUUUGCUUUGAAGUCUUUUAUUAUUUGGUUACAUUGGAUUUUAUUCUCUCUUUUUUUGUUUGAUUUUGUUACAUCUCAUGGCAUAAGUAGCUAUUUCAAAGAUAGCAAGAUAUAUUAUGGUAGCUAUUUUGGGUUUACUGUUGUCUUCUUUGGAAGUCCUUUAUUGCAUUCAUUAUUUUGUUUUUAUUGUUUCUAUUCUAUUCUGUUCUGUUUGAUUUUCCCUAUAUCUGAAGGUAUCUACAGCUAUUUUGAAGACGAGGCAUCAUGGUAACUAUUCUUGAUUUUGUAAUGUUUUGAAUUCCUGUGUCACUUACGUGGUUUGUUUUGAUUGGUUUUAUUCUGUUUUAUUUUCUUUGGUUUUACCUUUUACCCUCUUCAAAAUAAAAAAAUAAAAAUAGAAGAUAGGAAUAAUGAAAUCCAUUCUAAGAAUUUUCAUUCCAAGCAAAUGCAUUGAAAUUCCAAAAUACAAUAAACCCUUAAAGUUGUCAACCUUUAAAUAUUAUUGCUAAAACAUAUCAGGUACUUCAUUUAGCUUAUACAAAAUUAUAACUUUUUGUUUUGAUUUUUAUCCUGUUUUUAAAAUUAUUUUGAGGCAAAAUCUUGCUAUGUAACCUAUGCCACUUUUGAGCUGUUUGUCUGCUUCUUCUUCUUCCUUUUUUUUUGGUUCCUGGAAUUGAACUCAGGACCUUGCACUUGCCAGGGAGGUGCUGUGCCACUGACCUAUGUCCCCUGCCCUCAUUAUCCUCUUCCUAGCUGAGUGUUUGGAGCGCUGGAAUUGUACGCAGGCACCAUAUCUACACCAUAAUUUUGUUUCAAUGAAUUAUUUUCUGUUGCACUUUAUAUAUUAGCAAUGGAUUGAAUGAUUUUGUACCAAAUUUUAAAAUGGAUAUUGACAAUAUAGUUUACCUCUUAAUAUAGAAAGAUAAAGAAUCAGUGAAUUCACAACUUUUUUUGUCAUUUUCCUCAGUAAACAAUCUAAAAGAGUUAUGUUUUGCUUACUAACAGGAGUUAAAUAAAAUGGAAAAUUUUAUGGUAGUAAAUGGAAACAUUUGCUCCUUUCAUUUUUUAAGUAAUCCCAACAUUUAUUAGGCUGAAGCAGGAGGAUUGCCAUGAGUUCAAGGCCAGCCUGUACUACAAAGUGAGACUUUAUCUCCAAACAAAAAAAUUUUUUAGAUAAUCAUCUAAGACCAUAGAGGUAAAUGUAAAUGAAAAUCAUAUAUACAUUAAUUAAAAGUUAGCCUGGCAUUCUUGUUUACAAGGUACCUUUUAAUAACUAACAGAAAUUUUUCAGUAUUUUAGAGCUCUAAUUUUCCUGUACUAUAAUAAAAGGCUUGUAGUUUAUGUCGGUCAUGGUAAUAAACCAUGUGCAACAAAUACUGGCUAAGUACCACAACUUUUUAUAUCUCAUUUUCUUAGAGGAGUCAAAUAUUAACAAAUAAUCCGUUAAAAAAACCCAAAUAAUCCUCUUUGUGCUAUGUGCUUUUUCACUUAAGAAAACAGAAGUGAAAUGUUUCCUGUGUUAGGCAUAUUAGAAUGCAGAGGGGAACAAAUAUGCACCUGCUUUAAUCUAGUGCGCUGGCCAAAGGCAGGUACUUGAACAAGUAUAAAACAAGGAAGAGUAAGUAACAGUAAUAAGAACUUAGCAGGUACCCAGCUACUUAUCUGUGAUUUAAUAGUCCCCAAAACUGACAUGAACUAAUCCUGUGGACAAAGCAUAAUCUGAAAUAAUGUGAGGGUAGGUUGAUUUUUUUUUUUUUGUCAUUUAAUAUUUUUCAAAGCCAAGCGUGGUGCAUCCUGUAAUCCCAGCACUUGGGAGGCUGAGGCAAGAGGGUUGCCACAAGUGUGAGGCCAGCCUGGGCUACAGAGUGAGUUUAAGUUUAAGGCCAGCCUGAAUGGCAUAGCAAGACCCUGUCUCAAAAACUAAAUAAAUAAAUGAGUAAUAUAAAACUAUUCACCUUUUUCUGCAAAAAUCUUAUUACUAACUUUUUAAUGAGAGCUUCCUGUGUCUCUGUUGGAGUUAUUAUAUACCAUAUCACUUUUGCAAAAUUAGAAGAUUUGGGAUUUCAAAAUGUCUGGGUCUAAGAGUUGUAAGUUAAGAAUGGUUUAUUUAACCUGAGCCAUUCUUUGGACAUGUAGAUCAUUUUCUGUUGUUGGUCUUCAAAAAACUGCUCCUGAGAGUAACUACAUGUAUAGUGCCAUUUUAUAUUCAUGGAAGUAUAUCCAUAGAAAACAAUACUAGAAGUAGAAUUACAGAUAUUUAUAAUCUUACAAGAACUGCCUAAUGUCAAACCAGUUUGCAAUCUUGACUUUUUUUUAAACAAACAAAACACCUUAUUAAAGGUAGUGUUUAGGCCCAGCAGAACAGAUGUAUUAGUUUCAUUUAGUCUUUCACAAUAUAAUACAGUAAAUUGAAACUAGACAUAUGAGCGAGGUAUGGUGGCUCACAUCUGUAAUCCCAGCACUUGGAAGGCUGAGGUAGGAGCAUCAUUGUGAGUUUGAGACCAGCCUGGGCUACAAAGUUAGUUCAAGGUAAGCCUGAACUACACUUUGAAACCCUGUCUCAAAAAGACAGAAAAAAAGAAAUUAAAAGUUCAAGUACUAUAAUUUUGUUCUUUUCCAGAUUGUUUUGGUCAUUCUUUAUUUUUUCCCCAUAAACUCCUUUAUUACCAUGCUAGUGUGAGGCAGAAGCGCCAUCCCAUGUCUGCUAGUCAGUUUGAUUGGAUAAAAGGAGAGUGCACAUAUAUGGUCCUGAGGUCAGGCCACAUGAGAGGCUCUCCGUUAGAAACAGAGUGUAGGUGGCUUCCCUUUCUUCUACAUGUAAGAAGAAGCCUGAGCAGCAAAGAAACUGGACAGACCAUCUACCUCUAGGAUGUCCAGAAAGAGCUGCUUCAUGUUCUCCAUUCCUUUAUGUUUUGGUUGUUCUUGAUAGUGGAAUCAUUUUGUUUUUACAAUUUUUAGAAUGUCCAUUUUAUGUAAACGUUAGCUGGGAUUUUCAUCGGAAUUGCAAGGAAUUUGUAGGUCAUUUUGGGGAGUAUUACCAUCUCAACAACUGUGAACCUGAUGUCUUUUCAUUUUUCAGAUCUUCAGUUUUUUUGCAUAGUGUUUUGUCAUUUGCAAUAUGUUUGAUGUCUUUUAAGUGUAUUCCAAAAUAUUUUAUCCUUUUGAUACUACUGUAAAUUGAAUUGUUGUCCAAUUUCAUUUUCAUUUCACUAUUAGUUUGUAAAACUGCGGUGUGUAUUUUCUCCUGCCUUCUAGGACAUUGAGCUGUCUAUUCUAAUAGUUUUUCUGUAGCUUCUGUAGGGUUUUCUGUAUGUGCCAUCUUUAAACAGAUCAUUUUAUUUUGUCCUUUCUUGUCUGAAUGCCUCUUAUUUUCCCAUUGCCCAGCGUCCCUGGCUAGAACUUGGUAUGUAGCAUUAGCAUGGCAUAUCAGCCACUUUCCCAUCUCUGGGACAGAGUGCACUGCGCUCAGAACUUGAAGGAGAAGAGGUUUAUUUUGAGUCAUGGUUUCAUGCUUGGUUAACUCCAAGGCAGAUCUGGCAAAGUGGCAGCAGGGGUGGGAGGGAAAAACUGCUCAACUCAGGACAGCUGGGAAGCAGAGACAGAAGCAGGAGCCAGGAGAAAAGUGCCUCCAGGUCACGCCCACCUCCUCCGCCCAGGACCGACUUUCUAGAGCACAGUGGGCUUUGGGUCCACAGUGCAUUAACCCUCGGAUGAAUACUGAGCCCUGCUACCCAGUACCCUUCCAAACACGUGAGGCUCUGGGGAACAUUUUAGAUCUAAACCAUGACAGAUGGCAAGAGCAGACAACCUUGUCCUUGGCCUUAUUUUAUUUUUUUCCCAAAUCCAUUUUAUUUCAGAGAGAAAAAAAAUUCAAACCACAACAAUCAAGAGAAGAUAAUGGUUCUUACAUUGUUGAGCUGUAAUUUAGACGGGUUGUUCAUUUGUGUGUCUGAAGAUGAUCUUACUAUGUUGCCCAGUCUGGCCUCAGAUCCUGGGCCAGAUCCCUUGCUGGGCGCAGUUCUCAUCCCUCCUGAAUGGCUGGGACUGCCGGCUUCCAGCUCUGUGCUCACCCUCUUAGGAGUCUUUUACAUACAGAUGCUAGUAGAGGUACAUUCUCUUGUAUUCUUAGCUUUUCCAGUUUUUCUUCGUCUGUCUUGUUCGUCUGUCUUCUUCGUCUUUUUUUUUUUUUUUUUUUUAACCUGAGAUCGAACUCACAACCAUCGCCUGCUUUCAAGGCAGGUGCUUAUGCCACUGAGCUAAAUCCCCAGCCCCUUUUUUUGUCUUUUUGAGACAGAGUCUUAUUAUGCAAUUCAGGCUGGCCUUGGGCUCACUUUGUAGCCCAGGCUGUUCUUGAACAUGCAACAUUACUUCUGCCUCAGCCUCCCAGGUGCUUGUAAUGCUUUUUUCUAUCAACUGGUUGUUUUAGAAACCUUAAUUUGCUGAGGGCUGGAGGGGAGGGAAUUCCUGGUACAUUUUGUUGAAGAUGUUCAUUGCUGAUGAGAUUUACUUAUUUAUGUAUUUUUGAGGCAGGGUCUCACUUUGUAGCUACUCUUGAACUCACAAUGUAGCCCAGCCCAGUCUCCAACCAUUUCUGUUGUCCUGCCUCAGCAUUCCAAGUUCCCAAGUGCCAGGAUUGCAGGCAUGUGCCACCAUGCCUAGCUUGCUUUUUGUUUUAAUUGGUGUUAUUCAUGCCUUUUCUGGUUGUCAUCCCCACAAGGAAUGUAACACAAGUACUAGUAAACUAAAAAUAAAGCAAAACAAAAAACUGCUACUGUGCACAUAGCAUGCACAAGGCCUAAGGUUUAAGCCUGAGCUCCACACAUGCACACACAAAAUCAGUACAUAAUACAGUACUCAGGGGCUGGGAGGACGCAAAGGCAGAGCAUUUGCUUAGCAUGUACAAGGUCACAGGUUUGAUUCCCAGCAUAUCAGAAACAAACUACAAUACUGCCAUGAUUCUCUAAUAGAAAAGAAUGGAACUAGUAUUCUGUUCCAUUAGCUAAACAGAUGUAAAUAAGAAUGUAGGCCUUCAUGCUCAAUAUCUAUGGGUAUUCUAGAACUUAACAUGUUUUAGAUGCAGAAAAGCAUGUGAAAUGUAUUUGACAAAUGAAAAUAAAGCCUUAUACAGUAUGAAGGGAAACUACUCCUUUUGGUGUUUUUAGGAGAUCUUUGGUAUUGGUUUUAUUUUGUUUUGUUUUGUUUUGUUGUUUGGAGAGGAGGGGGAUUUGAGAUAUAGUCUCAAUACAUAACCCAGACUGGCCUUGAAAUUAUGAUGAUCCUCCUGCCUUACCCUCUUGAUUGCUGGGAUUACAGGAGUGCACCCCCACACCUGGACAAGGAGGUCUUUAGUAUUUUAGAAAGAGCUUCCUGGAAGUAUAGAAUCUUAGAUGACUUUAGAUCUCCUGAUGAGCUCUGAAGUGAUUGAUAGGGAUAGUAUAGAUUGAGAAGCUCUGGUGUAUUUACAUUUAAGGUAUAACUACCAUUUCAACAGUUGCUUCUUUAUGUAUAAAUCACAUUAGCUGAUACUUUAAAAUUUAGUAUUGCAGGCCGUAGUGGCACACACCUAUAAUCUCAGCAUUUGGGAGGCUGAGGCAAGAGGAUUGCCUUGAAUUUGAAACUAUCCUGAACUACAUAGUGAGACCUUGUCUCAGAAAAGAAAAAUCAAACAUCAUAAAGACAUGCCAGGUGUGACGGUAUACACCUGUAAUCCCAGCACUAGAGGCUGAAGUAGGAGGAUUUUCAACAGUGCAAAACCAGUUUUGACUACAUAGUGAGAUCAAAGCUAGCCUGAACUACAUAGUGAGAUUCUGUCUCUAAUAAAUGAAUAAGUAAUUAAGUAAACAAAUAAAAUGCUAAAUUGUUAGCUGGGCAUGGUAGUACACACCUAUAAUCCCAGCACUCAGGAGAAUUUCUAUGAGUUUGAGGCCAGUCUUGAUACAAAGUGAGAUCAAGGUCAGCCUGAACUGCAAAGCAAAACCCUGUCUCAAAAAGACCCAAAAAGAGCUGGGGUUAUACCUCAGUGGCACAAGGGCCUGCCUGGAAAGUGCAGGGUCCUGAGUUUGAGUCAUGGUACUGUUAUGCUCUUUGCUUAUGCCCUAGUGACCAUGUAUCUAGAGCACUGACCACAUUGUUUUAAAUUAGUUAUAAAUUAACUGACCACAUACAUCAUCAUGCUGUUCUGUAUGCGUCAUUUCCCCCCUCCCCAGUUAACCUGUUUGCUGCGUCAACUUUUGUUCCCCUUAAGAGACAAAUGAUGCUGUGUCAACCAUUGUUCCCUUUAUGAAAGACAAAUGUUCCUGGAAUUGGCAGACCAAGGACUACACAUUGGCUAACCACCCACUGUGAAAUGCCUCUGACCUCAAGCAAAGGGGAACAAAGGCCCACCUUGUUUCUGUUUUUUAUCACUAUGUACUUAAUGAUCAAUGAGCUAAUCAUAAAUGAACUAUAAAAAUCAGUCAGAAUUCUAACUCAGUUGCACAGCUUUGCAAAUUCCAUGUGCACUAUGUCGCUGGGCCAGCUAAAAUAAAAGCGCUACUUUUAAAAAGA